CGCUUGAAAGUAGGAAAUUUCCUCCGGGGUGUUUAUAGGCGUGAUCGCAUGCUUACCACGUAGUUAGAGGUGAAUCGGCGGCAGCGCUUCUCAGCAUGAAGGAUGGCACUCUAAACAACAAUACGCAAAAGCAACUGGCGGUGAUGUCCCGGCCGUCUCGUAUAAGGAAGCGAAAUAAGAGGAUAUUCAAUGACUUCGAGGAUACAUCAUACACGCUAUCGAGGUCUUCGGCGCGGAAAUCUGCUCGCACUGCGUCCCCGGUUUCGCAGAAAACUGACGAUCCCGAAUGGACGCCGGACAAGCGAACGAGUAGCCGCAGCGUUAAAAAGGAGCCUCCACCCCCUGUAGUAGUGCCGGACAAGCGAGUAAUCCAGAAAGUGGGCAUACGCCUUCGGAACCUGCUGAAGCUACCAAAAGCACACAGAUGGGUCUGCUACGAGUGGUUCUACUCGAAUAUAGAUCAGCCACUUUUCAUGGGAGACAACGAGUUUUGCGGUUACCUGAAGCAGUCGUUUCCUUUGCUCAAGACGAGACGACUGACGAGGGUUCAAUGGUGCAAGAUUCGUCGAAUCAUGGGCAAGCCUCGAAGAUGCUCCCCAGCCUUUUUCGAGGAAGAAAUCCGAGCGCUUCACGAGCGGAGAAACAACAUUCGUCAGGUGCAGCAGCGGAGAACGGUGUCCAUGGAGAACUACACCAGCCUUCCCGACAACAUCCCACUGUCGCUGGUGAUAGGGACCAAAGUGACUGACUCGUGGAAGGCGGCUAUGCAACAGAUCCUACAAAACUGUUUUUGCCAUGCGACCUUCCUACUGGAGGACGCCGAGACAACCGUCUCGCCCGGAGUGGACAACAUGGGCCAUGAACUUUCACCCGCGGACAUGGCCUUCGACAUUCUGCACGCUGCUAGUGUUUCGAUUACAGCCGGGAUAACCUUUGAGGGCUUCACUGACGCUGACAAAUACCUCGAGGUGUGGACAGAAUUGACCGAUGAUGAAACCAUUCAAGUUACUUCCUGCGACUCUGUCACCGAGAUAGAAGAGGCAGCGCCUACACAGUCAAUGAGCUUGGAGCUGACGCGAACACUGACACGGUCCUCGGGUUCAUCAUCGGUGUACAGUGACAGCAGGACGUUCGCUGAAAUUAAGGCAGACAUCAUCGCGGGCGAGUGGAAUCUGGCUCCCGAGCAAGGCCUGCAGUUUGACAUGCAGCCCCAGGCGAUUCGCAGUAAGUGCCUUAACGAGGCCCGUGAACUGAUGCGGGAGUGUGCUGCCCCGGGAAGCAGCAUGGCAGCUGCCCUGUCGGCUUCCUCCUCUUCUGCGUCCCCUUCGUCAGACACGGAAGAGAACGUAGCGCAUCGAGCGGUUGACCUGAUAGCCAAGCUCACUGCACUCAUGCUGCAGAUCAAGAACCUUUCCGAGGGCGACCUGAACUCAUUUGAGCUGCAAUCACUUAGUGAAGCCAUGGUGGACAUCCAAAACAGCGUGAUGCCAAAAAAUGUCGGUAUUUUUCAGAACAAAGUUCAAAUACACGUCAACCACAUCCAGAACGGCCUGAGCCAGCUGGGGAACCUGCACGCGUUUACGUCGUCGUCCUAGAACAUCCCCGUCUAAUCGUGUCGCCCCGGAUCUACUCUUUGCCUCGCCUGCUUCUGCUUGAGUGGCUGCACUGCAUAGAUUCAUCUUCUUUACUGCACUUGUAGCAAUCGGAGAACUUCUUAUCGGUUUUUAUUUUUGCUUCAAGCAAAGGC